GUGGACCGGGCAGGUUUUACUAGGGUUUUUGCUAGUUUCCGCCGUCGAUCGCCGCCGACCCCCGCCGCCCGCCGACGCAUCCCUCCUUCUCCUUGAGCGCUCCCGGCACAGCGUACGGGCCAUGAGAGACCUCCACCUCCCGCUGAACCAGACCCAGAGGGUCCGCCUCGAGGCCGCGCUCCACGAGCUCCAGACCCUCGCCCCCGCGGCCGCGUCCGCCGCCGCCGUCACCGUCGCGGACAACAUCCCCGUCAACCACGAGGACAACAUCCUCAAAGGGCAUGGUACCACGGACCAGGAUGGGGAGGUGAUGGCGACGCUGUGCGGCGUCGUGGAGCGGGUCAACAAGCUCGUCUACGUGCGGACGCUCCGGGCGAGGUAUAAGCCAGAGGUUGGUGAUAUCAUAGUUGGCCGUGUCAUCGAGAUUGCUCCAAAGCGCUGGCGGUUGGAGAUAAACUUUAGUCAAGAUGCUGUUUUGAUGCUUUCUUCGAUGAAUUUGCCUGAUGGAAUUCAGAGAAGAAGAACUGCGGUUGAUGAGCUUAAUAUGCGGGCUAUAUUUGAAGAAAAUGAUGUUGUCUGCGCUGAAGUUCGUGGUUUCCAACAUGAUGGAUCUCUUCAUCUACAAGCAAGGAGUCAAAAAUAUGGAAAGCUUCAGAGAGGUCAAUUGCUCACGGUGCCUGCGUAUCUGGUAAAACGCCGGAAGCUGCAUUUCCAUCAUCUAGAGCAGUAUGACGUGGACCUGAUCCUUGGCUGCAACGGUUUCAUCUGGGUCGGUGAGCACGUCGUGGUGCGUGAAAUUGCUGAUUUGAAGGAAGACGAACAGAAGCUGAGCGCCGAAGCGGAGACUUUUACCCCAAUAGAAACAAGGAGACACAUUUGCCGUCUUGCCAAUGCUGUGCGCGUGCUUUCAGCCCUAGGAUUCACUCUGACCGUCGAGCUGAUAAUUCAGACCGCAGAAGCGAGCGUAUCAUCAAAUGUCGAGAUAAACGACAUGCUCGGGGCCGAAUUCUACGUCCAGACGGCGGAGAGAGAGGCUAAGCGUCGAGGUGACCUCCUGGGAAAGAAGAGGUAAAUCAUCUUGGCCCUGCCUGCCUGGUUUGCUGUAAACUGAAAAUGCUGACAUGUACGGGAUAUGUAAAAGGAGGUAAUGCAUACGACGAUUUUGAGAUUUUGGAGCUUGCUCCACUCUGUAGUGUGCAUGCGUUUUAAGAUGGUAUUAAGAUAUCUGUUCUUUUGUUGUGU